AUGGGGAUUGGGGAUCGACAGCUGCUGCUGCUGCUGCUGCUGCUGCUGCUUCGCCCCGGUGGGUCCCGCAUGUGGUUUCGGAAGCCAAGCUGGGAUUGUUGCAGCGAGGAUGCCGAAAUCGAGGUUAGGGCACCAGCUAGUCACCUCGUAUCCAACCACGCGCUAUCGCCUUCCCACGCUCAAUUGCGCGGGCUUCUCUCGCUUCCAGGAGGACAACCUGCAGCUGUCCGAGACCUCGCUUCCUGUACGACCUGCCUAAACCAGUACAGCGGAUGCCUGGAACAUUCCUUCAUCCUGUUCCAAGCCGCAGAGUCGAGUCGCUAG